AUGCCCAGCUGGGCUGUCUGGUCCCACAAUGUUCAUCGUGCCAACCAUUCUGCUCCCGCGAUGGAGUGGAACGAGACGAUCGCAGGCUACGCCAGUCUCACCGCUGAUAAGUGCGUUUUCGCGCAUGACAUGUCUGAAGGAAAUGGUGGUUACGGCCAGAAUCUCGCCAUGUGGGGUACUACUGAUAACCCGGAAGCGCUCGGCGACGCCGGCGCUAUCAAGAUGGCCACGUCUGACAUGUGGUACAACGGCGAAUUCAACAAGUUCCUACCCGAGUUCUACGGCCAGGCCGAUCCCAACAAGUCCGACUUUGAAUCCUGGGGUCACUUCUCGCAGCUCCUCUGGGUUGAUUCUACAGGCCUCGGUUGCAGUGUCAAGCUUUGUGCCAAGGGCACAAUGUUCAACGACAUGGAAGCUUGGUUCAUGGUUUGCAACUACUAUCCUGCUGGUAACUUCGAAGGCGCAUAUGGCGACAACGUCAAGAAGCCUGAAGGCAAGCCCGUGAUUACGUCCACUUCGGAGUAG